UGUGUGAGUGUGUGAGUGUGUUGUGUGUGUGUAUGUGUGUGUGUGUAUAUGCGUGUAUAUGUGUGAGUGUGUAUAUUUGUGUGUGUGUGUAUAUGUGUGUGUGUUGUGUGUGUGUAUAUAUGUGUGUGUGUGUAUGUGUGUGUGUUUGUAUAUAUGUGUGUGUGUGUAUAUAUGUGUGUGUGUGUGUGUUUGUGUGUUUGUAUAUAUAUGUGUGUGUGUGUAUAUAUGUGUGUGUGUGUAUGUGUGUGUGUUUGUAUAUAUAUGUGUGUGUGUGUAUAUAUGUGUGUGUGUGUGUUUGUGUGCGUGUGUGUGUGAGUGUGUUGUGUAUGUGUGUAUAUGUGUGCAUAUGUGUGAGUGUGUGUGUUGUGUGUAUAUUUGUGUGUGUGUGUGUGUGUGUGUAUAUGUGUGUGUGUAUAUAUGUGUGCGUGUGUGUAUAAGUGUUUGUGUGUGUGUGUGUGUAUGUGUGUGUGUGUAUAUGUGUGUGUGUGUGUGUGUGUGUACAGACAUUCCUCAGUGGACACACACACACACACACACACACUCCACACACACACACAUUUUAACUUCCUCUCCCGAGACUUUAGUGGCCUCAGGUGUUGCCGCGGGUGGGUGGAGUCAAUCGGCGCGCUGUGAUUGGCCCGCACGGAUGUGGGCGUGGCCCACGUCCAGUGAGGGCAUGUCAGAGGAAUUCCACAGCACAGUUUGGUGUGGGAGGUGGAGGUGAAGGUGGAGGACUGUGUGUGUGUGUGUGUGUGUGUGUGUGUGUGUGUGUGUGGACAUGCAUGCGCGUUGGUCACGGGCCGACGGGGACGCCGCUGCGUUGCUGCGGAGUCCCACUCCCACUCCCACUCCCACUCCCACUCCCACGGAGACAAAGGAGGACAGCAGCGACAGCGACAGCGAGGGAAGCUGCCUAGGGGCCAUGACGCGGGACGGCCAGGACCACUACCUGCGGCUAGGACACACCCCCCGACGCCGCUCCGCCCUGCGCCUGUCACGCAUCAUCGCCCGCAAGCAGCUGCUUCAGAGGCUGCAGCAAGAGCUCGAGGCCAAGGAGGCGUGUGAUUGGCUGAGGGCGGCCGGGUUCCCUCAGUACGCGCAGCUCUACCAAGACUCACGGUUUCCUAUCGAUAUUUCCUCGGUGAAAAGGGACCAUGACUUUUUGGACCAGGACCUGGUGGAGCCUCUCUCACGGCGUCUCAACACUCUGAACAAGUGCGCCUCCAUGAAAGUGGACGUCGGCCAUCCUAAGAAGAAAGGGGACGACUCCGAUGAAGAUGACUCCAUGGCCAUCAGCAAGCGUUGGACGUUCGAGUGGAACAGCCGCCGCUGGUCCCGCCUUCAGGACCUCCUGUCCGACGGCGGCGGCCUGCGCAGCACGGUGAGCAGCGAGAGCGUGCUGAGCGAGCAGGACGCCUGCGAGGUCUCUUCGCUCGGCAGCGAGGACUCGGCCUCCGGCGUGUCCGCGGCGUCCUUCCGGCCGCGCGGAGACCUGCCGCACUACAACUCCCUGCCCAUCAAGAGCGGGCACCACGGGCAGGGCGGGCGCAGCAAGGCCAAGGAGUUCCUGCGGCGGAUGGACAUGGUGCGCACCUGGGGGCCGUCCACCAUGAGGAGGAGCUUAAAGCGCAGACCGCCGAUGGUCAUCAGCGGGCCGGUGCUGCAGGGGGAGGAGCCUCUGGCCCUGCAGGUGCUCCAGUGUACGCCCAUCAGCCAGCUGGAGCAGAACCUCCCCAAGCCCGGCUCGCCGGAUGACGGCGAGACGUCGCACGCCCACCCUAGCGAGGAUUGCGACCGUCUCGCCGUGGCGAGCGCCGGUCCCGCAGACCGGACGCCGGCGUCCACAAGGACGAGCGGCAAGAGGAGCAGCAAGUACCUGGAAGACAUGGAGCUGGCCCCUCAGGGGAAGAGGACAGACGGACAGAGGAACUUCUAUUCCUACCAGAACCUCCUCAUCCACGUCCCCAAAGACCACAAGCCCGGAACCUUCCCCAAAGCCUUGUCUAUCGAGAGCCUGGCGCCGGCUCCCGGUGACGGCGCCGUCUCUCGGCCGCGUCCGCCCAACAACAACAACGCGUACCCCGCCCGCUUCGGCGGGACGCCGUCCAAGCCGCCGUGCCCGAGGGCCCCGCGGGGCAGCCGGGCGAGCGUCUACGACAACGUCCCGGGCUCCCACCUCUACGCCAGCACGGGGGACAUCCUGGACCUGGAGAAGGAGGACAACCUGUUCCCGCACCUGGACGACAUCAUCCAGCACGUCAGCGGCCUGCAGCAGAUCGUGGACCACUGGAGCCGCGGCGUGCUGCCGGAGGGCGAGGACGGGGACGGGGACGGGGACGGGAGGACCACCCCCAGCGAGGGCGACCGGGACGGCGUCUCUUUGAACGACACCGACUCUACCGGGACCGGUCGGGAGAGGAGGGACUCCGGAGUCGGGGCGUCCCUGACCAGGCCGCGGGUGCGCUGGCCCAGUUUCAGGACGUCCGACCAUCUCAAGCAUCCGACGUCUUCCCUGCACAUCAGCAGCCAAUCGGCAUCUCAGCUCAGCUUGUUGCAGAAGUUCUCUCUGCUGCGCCUCACCGCCAUCAUGGAGAAGUACUCCUUGUCCAACAAGCACGGCUGGACCUGGUCGGUUCCUAAGUUCAUGAGGCGCAUCAGGGCGCCCGACUACAAAGACAAGAGUGUGUUUGGCGUGCCCCUCAUCGUCCACGUGCAGCGGUGUGGUUUCCCCCUGCCUCUGUGUCUCCAGCGGGCCCUCAGCCACCUCCGAAGCCACAGUCUGGACCAGGUGGGACUCUUCCGCAAGUCGGGCGUCAAGUCCCGCAUCCAGGCCUUGAGGGAGCAAUGCGACGCCGCGCCCGACUCGGUGGACUUCCACGAGCAGUCGGCGUACGACGUGGCCGACAUGGUGAAGCAGUUCUUCCGGGACCUUCCGGAACCUCUGCUGAGCAACAAGCUGGGAGAAACCUUCCUGCACAUCUACCAGUACGUUCCCAAAGAUCAGCAGCUGCAGGCGGCGCGGGCGGCCAUCUUGCUGAUGGCGGACGAGAACCGCCAGGCGCUGCAGACGCUGCUGCACUUCCUGCGUGACGUGACCGCCAUGGUGGAGGAGAACCACAUGACCGCCUCCAACCUGGCCGUGUGCCUGGCACCCUCGCUCUUCCACCUUAGCCUCACCAGGAGCGAGCUGCUGUCGCCCAGGUCCAUCCACAGGAAGUACACCACGGGCAGACCGGACCAGAAGGACCUGAACGAGAACACGGCGGCGACUAAAGGACUGACUCACCUGAUCACUGAGUGUCAGCGCCUCUUUCAGAUCCCAGAGGAGAUGGUGACCCAGUCCCGCAACUCCUACAUGGAGGCGGACCUCCAGGCGCCCCCGCUGGACGAGCUGGGGAAGGUCCGCCCCGAGGGAAUGGAUGACGAGGAGGAGGCGGAGGAAUCGGAGUCGGAGGAGGAGUUUGGGGCGGGGUCCUAUCGCACCCACGUGGAGAGGCUGGUCCAGAACCUGCUGAAAGAGGCCAAGGACAAGAGCAAAGGUUGGGUGUCUCGGCCCGCCUUGGAGAACACGGAACUGGCCUCCAAAAAGGUGGGCGACGGUAACCCUCUGAGGCGCUGGAAGGUCAGCACGGAGGUGCCGGCCCCGCCCACCGAGGUUCUGCACCGGCUGCUGAGCGAGCGCCAACGCUGGCACCUGGAGCUGGAGCAGGAAGAGACCCUAGAGACCCUGGACACGCAGACGGACGUGUACCGGUACCGCUGCCGCAACAUGGUGCCCCAGCCCGCCACGGACUACGUGGUGCUCAGGUCGUGGCGUGCUGACCCGGUGAGAGGCUGGAGCGCGCUGGUCUGCGUGUCGGUGGAACGCGACGAGGACGGCGGCGGCGGUGGUGGCCGGCGCGUGGCGGGUGCGGCGGCGGUGAGGGGCGUGGUCCUGGAGUCCCACUACCUCCUGGAGCCUUGUGGCACGCCUGCCAGGACCAAGCUCACACACGUCUCCAGGGUGGACCUCAGGGGGCGCUCUCCAGAGUGGUACAACAAGGCGUAUGGUUACUUGUGUGCCAACCAAGUCCUCAGAGUCCGAGCCUCCUUCCUUCCUGCGGACCACGGCCUGGACUCCCAGUCCUGAAACCUGGACUCUUAGUCCUGAAGCCUGGACUCCCAGUCCUGAAGCCUGGACUCCCAGUCCUGAAGCCUGGACUCUUAGUCCUGAAGCCUGGACUCCCAGUCCUGAAGCCUGGACUCCCAGUCCUGAAGCCUGGACUCUCAGUCCUGAAGCCUGGACUCCCAGUCCUGAAGCCUGGACUCUCAGUCCUGAAGCCUGGACUCCCAGUCCUGAAACCUGGACUCCCAGUCCUGAAGUCCCGUAUCUCAAAGUCCGCGUCAGCGAGACAGCGCUAGUUUUUUUUUUUUUUUUGCUUCCAUAUGCUCCUCGCUGAUGUCAUCACGAGGUCACAUGACCCGCCAGCAAACUAUGACCUCAUGUCGGAGUGUGUGCCGUACAAUGUCUGAGACAUGUGACCAUUGCGCUGCUUCCGGGAAGCAAGGUGUGUGUGUGUGUGUGUGUGUGUGUGUGUGUGUGUGUGUGUGUGUGUGUGUGUGUGUGUGUGUGUGUGUGUGUGUGUGUGUGUGUGUGUGUGUGUGUGUGUGUGUGUGCGCGCGCGCGCGUGUUGUGACGUCAGGGCUUAGCUGUCAUAUUGAUGACUCUUCCUGCGUCUGGUGGCUUGCGUUGGUUGCCAUGGUGAUGGUGACGCCGUAGCGCAACAUUGACCUAGACUUUGCAAAAAGUGUCACGACACAGAAUUGUUGUUUUUAAAUAAAAUAUAUGCAAAACAAUAAAAA